AUGAGGCUGCCCCGGGAAAGUGAUAUAGAUUGGCAGGGUUGCAAAACUGCCUCGCAAGAGAUCCUCAAGCACCUGCAGAAGCUGAACAUAACUAAAGUGGAAAAACCGUUAAACAUUUCAUUUCCUCGGCGGAUUGAAUGCAAUGAUCACUGUGAUCCUGAUUCUUUGGGCAAGAAUAGCAUGCUGUGCCUGAUGAAGAUUCGUCGGGGCCUUCACCGUUAUCAGGAACUUCUGACACAGUAUGCAAAGUCAGAUACUACAACUGGGCUCCGAACUGCUAUGUCUAAUUUGUUGCAGCUCCUUCAGGAAGUAAGUAUGUUUAUGAGGCAAAAGGAAGACAUUACAGGAACACUGCAACAAUCAUCCAAACGCAUUGCUGGGGAGGAAAGCAGCAGCCCAGCCAAAGAAAUUCAAGAAUGGGAGAAAUCGCAUGUAGUGGAUGUCAUCUUACAGCGCCUGCAGCUGUUUGCAGUUUUGGUAGCACGCAUCUUUUCCCAUUGUGCCGCAUUGAAUAGGGAUGCAACUAUCUGAGUUAGAACAAUUCCGUGGUGGGAGAGAGAAUAUUCCAUUAUAAACCUUCACACACAUGCACACAUUAUCCAGAAAAUACAAUUCAUUCCCUGGGAAUGCAAAAAUCAACGAGACAGAGAAGUUGAGGGAGGGUGACCGGGGAGAAACAGGGUGUGUCUAUUAU